AUGGAUUGGAGGAAUGGUCUAGGCUUUACUGAUCGACUCAGGGUCAUCCAGUCUCUCACCACGGCCUACCAACAAGCUUCUUCUGCCUCUGCCUUCACGGAGGCACAAACACAAGCUAGGCGAUAUGAAACCGAGGCCUACGAAAAUGCCGUUUCAAAGGAAGAGUAUGACGGCAUUUGUCAACAGGCAAUCGAUGCUGCCGAGACUACAUCUGUAGCACCAGUGACCAGCACUGAUGAACUUCAAGAUGCACCUCAGGAGUCAGAGGCAUCUGACGUCCCAGUAGGUGAAAAGUUCGGCCAGUAUUCAUCUUGUUUCCAUCACUUUGACGGGCUGCAUUCCACGAUAUAUAAAGCGAAAGCCGCAGACGGUACCGUCCGCGCUGUAAAAAUCACCAUUCCGCAUCUCAUGACUGCUCCUCAUGAUGCUCAACGAGAGGCCAGACUACUUCGUGAAGCCCAUGGUCCGCAUACGGUUUCGCUGAUCGAAACCUUCAGAUUGGACGGAGGGAGACUGGUGCUGGUGUUCCCCUUCCUGCGGUAUGACCUGGAACAUCUGUUUCGACGGGACAUGGUGACCGCUACUCAGACACGGUCAAUAUUGCGUGAUUUAUUCCAAGCACUUGCCCAUAUUCACAAAACCGGGAUCAUUCAUCGGGACAUCAAACCAUCUAAUAUCUUGAUGGACUCCCCCGAUGGACCCGCGUACCUGGCAGACUUUGGCAUAUCCUGGAAAGAAGGAGACCCAGGAUCGGAGCCAUCUCACCAGAAGAUCACGGACGUCGGAACCACCUGCUACCGACCUCCAGAGAUCCUAUUCGGCGACAAGAGCUAUGGAACCGCUCUGGAUCUCUGGGCCGCAGGAUGUGUGGUGGCGGAAGCGAUUGGGGUGGGACAUCGGGCCCUCUUCGAUUCCGGGCCCGUGGGUAGCGAUCUAUCGCUCAUCGUGUCUAUAUUCAAAACACUGGGAACCCCGAACGAACAGAAAUGGCCGGGAGCGCAGGGACUGCCCGACUGGGGUAAAGUGCAAUUCUACGAUUUCCCAGCGCAGGUCUGGGACGACAUUCUACCGGGGGCCUCCUCCAAUGGACGUGAUCUUGCCCGCCAGUUGCUCUGCUACGAGAGUAGCGAGAGACUCACGGCCGAGGAGGCACUCGGACACCCGUAUUUCUCCACAUGUUAA